AUGGACCUGCCUUUCGUCCUUUUCAUUCCGUUUGGAAGGGGCGGCGAAGAGACGAACCGACGAAUCCCCCCCGCAUCACUACAACUCCCCAGCCGAACCGCCGAGACAUACUACGAACUUGUCGUGACGGUACAACAAGGUCACACAUUACAAAAUAAAUACUCUUUUCCGAUCCCGCUGCAACGAUACGAUACCCUAUCGACUUUUGGCAUGUACAACAAGCCCGAAUCGCGGCAGGUCAGCGAUGCGAGCGUCGUCACGCUGGGAAUAUCAGUCCCUAAGUGGAGUUACGGACCGCUCGAUCCAAUAACAGUUUACAUCAAACUGGUACCGAAUCCCGACUGGAUGAAAAAAGCGUUAAAGGUUACGAUUCAGAAGAUCACCGUCGCCAUCGAGGAGGAGAUUACGUACAACCCCGAGGGAGACGAGCCUUCGAAGAAAAUCAACAAGAUCGCGAAAAACCAACAAGUGGUUAAUACAAGAAUGCCGGAGGCUGGGUACGCCACGAACCUCGGACUUGUGUUUCCCUCCAAGGACUUGCGCGAUCCGGACGGCAUCAUACGAAGGGGGAAGCCCGCUUUUCCGCUAUACGAGGUCACGUCUUUCACCACGAGCUCAACAUUAUACAAGAUCGAGUUCUUUCUGACGGUCAAGGCGCAACUCAGCUCUACGAGGGAUCUCACUGUUAGACAGCCGCUCGUGAUUUGCCCCAUGGAUCAACAGGCGUGCAAAGAGGAAAUGGACGCCAUCGAGCAAGCCGCCAAGGAUGCAUCGCACGUCGACCCCAACAACCCUAUGCUGCCGGCGCGAUCGAUUGUGUUAGCGAACGACCGAGAAUCAUUAAAGACGCUGGGCCUGUGCUUGGUGGCAGGGCAGAAGAAGCCAUUGAUCGAGUGA